AUGUGGGCAUCUUUUUUAUUGAGAAUAAUAAGAAAAAGAAUUGUGUUAGCUUUAAUAUUUACAUUGUCGUUAACUUACUGCGUAUUUAGCUUAUGGCAGGAGAAAAUUACAGAAUUAUCUUCACAUGACAGUAAUUCUAUUUCAAUAAAGAAAAAAUUAACCAAUUCAUUUCUUUGGCAUUCGGAAAAUGAUGUGAAUUUAACUAAUUCCAAAAUGGUAACUUGCCGAAAUUCAGUACAGGGCAAAGUUCUUAUUGUGGAUGAUAGAGGAUAUGUUUGUUCAAGAUCUGAUUUAUUGUCUUCAGGAUGUUGUAAUACUGGUUCUGAGAAUACCAAAAAGUUUGCCUGUGAUACAUGCAAAGAUAAUGGAUGCUGUAGUAUAUAUGAAUAUUGCAUUUCCUGCUGUUUGCAUCCAGAUAAGAAAGGAGUUUUACAAAAUGUACUUGGUAAAGAAUCAGAAAAUGUUUUAUUUGCAUCUGUAAGUGAUCAUUUUGAAUUAUGUUUGGCAAAAUGCAGAACAAAUUCUCAAAGCGUUCACCAUGAAAAUUCAUACAGAGAUCCUCGUGCAAAACAUUGUUAUGGAGAAACUCCACAAGUUGUACUCCAAACAUGA